AUGAUUACGAAUCUCAUUGUUGAUGCUACUGUUGAUGCUGACGGCUGUGAUAACUGCAAACAGGAUCUGGGAAUGGGGUCGGGGAUGAUUCCAGAUCCUUCCAUCAGCGCCAGUUCAACUUAUUACAAAAGUGUAGCGCCACAGCAUGCCAGAGUGAACCAGGAAAAGGAUGGCGGGGCAUGGUGCCCGAAGCCCCUGGUGGCACAGGAAGCGACAGAGUGGCUCCAGGUUGACCUUGAAGAUCUCAAGGUCAUCACAAUGGUGGAAACUCAAGGACGAUACGGAAUGGGGCAGGGCCAGGAGUUCACCCCCCACUACAUGUUGGAGUACAGGAGGGACAACGCAUCGAACUGGAUCAGAUACAAGAACAUAACCGGUGGAGAGGUUAAAACAACCUCUGAAAAUAAAUUGAGUUUAGCCCCUUGGCAUAAAAAGAUAAACAAAUGA